AUGGCAGACCACGUCCAAGUCACGUGGAAGUCACCCUUCUUGAUCUUCAGUCGUCUGGAGAAAGGUUUUUUAGAGGGUUUGGAAAGACGGCGACUACAGAGACUCGAGGAGGAAGCAACGGUGAAGGCAGAACAAGCUCUGCAUAAAUCGCUGCCGGGCGAGGUGGCGGCUCCGGACGAUGUAUUAGAGCCGGUCCAGGACGGAGAGUCUGCCCUAGCGGAGCAUGUCAAUUACGGAGUCCCGCUGAAAACGACGUCUCGCAGGGGUAUGCCAUCCAGAAGGAAGCGCGGCGGCCGCAGGAACUGGCGACAGCGUAUUGUUGCUCCGCAGUCUCCGCUCGAUGAGCAACAAGAGCAACAAGAGCAAGGGGGACUGCAGCCCGAUCAGUCCGUCAAUUCCAUAGAACGCGCUGAUGAGCCCCUCGGUGAGAUGAAGGGGCAUGGCACACCUGAUAUUGUCGUUCCCCCGGGGGCCGUGUUAUCACCGCCUGCAACUGAUGCAUCAAAGCCGGAGAAUGCAAGUAGAGAGCCAGCCCAGCUACGCGACGCUCAGCACGGGGCCAGCGAAGAACUGCUGGACAAGGCAAAGCCGACGUCCGCGAUGGAGCCAGCAGAAUUGAUUGACGACCUAUCUGAUACCGAUCUUCCUCCACCUUUCGCCUCCCGCGACACGACCCCCUCCGAAUCCGACUUCCCCGAGGAUCCCGCCGAGUACCUCCUCCGCUCACGCUUCCUACCAAUGACAGAUCCACAAGCGUUUGUCAAGGCACUAACAAAGCACGCGCCCUCGGCCCGCACAACAGAGUCACUCUACGACCUCGCACUGGCCACACAAAAAGCCCUCCGCGCCUGGCAGGACGAGUACAUCAAACUCGAUGUCAUCACUGCACCUCAAUCCCAUCCUCCCAAGAAGCCAUGUACAGGCGGCAGGAUACCAGUCGACCCCGCCGUCUACGAAGAUAUGAAAGAAGCGGAACUGUAUGGCUACGCCUUUGACCCUAAGAAGCCGCCAGGUUGUCAGGACCCUUUCUCGCAGAGGAUCGGUGGCGAGUUCGUUGGUGGCCGCGAGCUACGCACACGCCGGGCGCGUGAUUUGGGCUCUGCCGCUGCCAGUGAGACCGAGGACGAAGGGGGCCGAGGCGGCAAGCGGGCGAGGCGAGCGGUCAGAAGGUUCGACCUUGGCGCCAACGGGACCUCUGAUGCUGCGCCGGUGCAUAGAGGAUGGGGCGGAGCUAGGAAGAGGGCCGCGGUAAGCGAGACGCCUGAUGUAGAGGGACAACCUAUUAGGAAGAGGGGACGACUGGCUGCGAAAGCCAUGACGCUGUUGCCCCAGCGCAUUCAAGAGAUGCGAGCCACGAGUGUUACGACGACUACUGAGGAGGAAGGAGAGGAUGAUAGUAAGACACCAAGUUACGGAGCCCCAGUCCAUCGCAGAGGACGACCGCCGGGCAGUAAGAACCUCGCAGCAAGGAGCGACAAGGGCAUAAAGAAAGGUCCAAGAAAAUCCAAUGCAUCCAAGCUGCAGCCUCAGGAUCAAGACUACCAAGCUCAGAACAACGCGCUGGAGGCAUCGCCCUCUGCUUCCAUAUCUCAACAACCUCAGACACCACAUCCACCACAGCAGGCCCCGCCCGACCAACAAUACCAGCAAACACCCGCUCUAGAUCCCUUCAUGACAAACGCAACCCCCGGCGCCGACUUCAUCGAAGCCCCCAACUCCGUCCCACCCCACCACAAACGGCGGCAGCGCGUGAAAUCCGAGAAGCGCUCCCACUCAAUGACGCUCUGGUGGGCGGAGCGCAAAGCGAAAGCCGCCGAGCAGAAAGCAGACAGCCAGCAGGCAAAGGGAGGGUCGGCGAACUCUCUAGACGCGAACAAUGCGGAUGAUCCGGAACGAGCUGCUGCCGAAAGCCAGGGAGGAGAAAAGACGCCGCAGGAGCGCGCGAAGAGGAGGCCUAGAGCUUUGAAGACCACAAUAGUGGCGCCAGCGGCGGGAGUACCAUCGCCUUCUUUGACGCCGCGUGACCCGAGCAGUCAUAUGCGGACGUUCAAUUCGUUUCGACCUCUUGCGCCUUCGGGGCAGCAUCACUAUCCACAGCAGCAGCAGCAACCCCAGAACUACGGCCACCCAGCUCCAGCGCAUUCGCGGCAUGGUCCACAGCUGGGUCCGGCGCUAGCGCCGCGGCCGCAGCCAGAAGCUAACGGAUGGGAUCCGCGCAUGGAUGCGCAGCAAGAGGAUGCCUACCUCGAGCAGGUCCAGCGCGAGGAGAAUGGGCUGAGGGGGCACCCGGUGCGGAGGGGGUUCGGUGCUUUCCAGUGA